AUGGUCCCAUAUUCCAAAGCGCUCACUGUGACGGUUCCCUACUGGCUGAGCCAAUUACCUGCCUUGAGCAAGAGACACGAGGCUGACCAACAAAGGCCGGGACGGGGAAACGGACUUUUCAGCCGGAAUGUCCCUCACCUCGACGGCGGUCGUCUGGUUCACCAGUUUGUCCGGCUGGUGGUCAUCAUGCCAUCACCGUAG